GUCCAGCUCGCCUCCCCGUCGGUCCCCGCGGCGGCGGCGGCUGCCCAGUGACAGCGGCGGCGGUGCCAGGCCGGCCGUGGUAGCGUAGGGUUGCGCGGCCUGGAAUCUCAGAGCCGGCCAAAGAGCGGCGCGACGUGAGGAAGGCCGAGCCGGGGCCGCGCGGGAAGAGACCUCGCGGGCGCGGAGCGAAAGGCCGGCGUGAGUGAGCGCGGAGACAGUGGCCGCCGGCGGCCCAACCCGUCUAUCCCCUCGGCCGCCGCCGGCAUGAGCCACAUCCAGAUCCCGCCGGGGCUCACGGAGCUGCUGCAGGGCUACACGGUGGAGGUGCUGCGACAGCAGCCGCCUGACCUCGUCGAAUUCGCUGUGGACUACUUUACCCGCCUGCGCGAGGCCCGCGCCCCGGCUUCAGUCCUGCCCGCCGCCACCCCACGCCAGAGCCCGGGCCACCCCCCGCCAGAACCUGGCCCGGACCGUGUCGCCGACGCCAAAGGGGACAGCGAGUCGGAGGAGGACGAGGACUUGGAAGUUCCAAUUCCUAGCAGAUUUAAUAGACGAGUAUCAGUCUGUGCUGAGACCUAUAACCCUGAUGAGGAAGAGGAAGAUACAGAUCCAAGGGUGAUUCAUCCUAAAACUGAUGAACAGAGAUGCAGACUUCAGGAAGCUUGCAAAGAUAUUCUCCUUUUCAAAAAUCUCGAUCAGGAACAACUUUCUCAAGUUCUUGAUGCCAUGUUUGAAAGGAUAGUCAAAGCUGAUGAGCAUGUCAUUGACCAAGGAGAUGAUGGAGACAACUUUUAUGUCAUAGAACGGGGAACUUAUGACAUUUUAGUAACAAAAGAUAAUCAAACCCGCUCUGUUGGUCAAUAUGACAACCGUGGCAGUUUUGGAGAACUAGCUCUGAUGUACAACACCCCGAGAGCUGCUACCAUUGUUGCUACCUCAGAAGGCUCCCUCUGGGGACUGGACCGGGUGACUUUUAGAAGAAUCAUAGUGAAAAAUAAUGCAAAAAAGAGGAAGAUGUUUGAAUCAUUUAUUGAGUCUGUGCCCCUCCUUAAAUCGCUAGAGGUGUCAGAACGAAUGAAGAUAGUGGAUGUAAUAGGAGAGAAGAUCUAUAAGGAUGGAGAACGCAUAAUCACUCAGGGUGAAAAGGCUGAUAGCUUUUACAUCAUAGAGUCUGGUGAAGUGAGCAUCUUGAUUAGAAGCAAGACUAAAUCAAACAAGGAUGGUGGGAACCAGGAGGUCGAGAUUGCCCGCUGCCAUAAGGGGCAGUACUUUGGAGAGCUUGCCCUGGUCACCAACAAACCCAGAGCUGCCUCAGCUUAUGCAGUUGGAGAUGUCAAAUGCUUAGUUAUGGAUGUACAAGCAUUCGAGAGGCUUCUGGGGCCCUGCAUGGACAUCAUGAAGAGGAACAUCUCACACUAUGAGGAACAGCUGGUGAAGAUGUUUGGCUCCAGCAUGGAUCUGGGCAACCUCGGGCAGUAGGUGUGCCAUACCCCAGAGCCUUCUUAGUGUGACACCAAAACCUUCCGGUCAGCCACAGAACACAUACAGAAAACAAACAUGACAGAACUGUUCCUGCUGUUGCCACCACUGCUGCCACUGCUGUGGUUAUGGGCAUUUAGAAAACUUGAAAGUCAGCACUAAAGGAUGGUCAGAGGUUCAACCCACACCUCCACUUUGCUUCUGAAAGCCCAUUAUUAGACCACUUGUAAAGAUUACUCCAACCCAGUUUUUACAUCUUUGGUUCAAAACAGCAUGUCUCUCCAACAAUUUAAGUGCCUGAUACAAAGUCCAAAGUAUAAACAUGCUCCUUUCCUCUCU